AUGUCAUCUUCGUCAUCACUACAACCCGCUGAAAGACCAGAAUCAUUUUCGUCUUCUGACUUAAAACCGAAAUUACAUCUAUAUACCGCUGGAACACCUAAUGGAUAUAAACCAAGUAUCCUAUUAGAAGAAUUACAUGCUGCAUAUCCCGAUUCGAAAGAACUGGUAUACGAUUUUAUUCCCAUAAGAUUCUCUGAAACGGAUCAGAAAAAACCUGAAUUCUUAUCUAUCAACCCGAACGGUAGGAUACCCGCCCUCGUAGAUGAUAACGUGCAAAAUCCGAUCAAUGGACAAAGUCAUAACGUCUGGGAAUCAGCGAGUAUCUUACUUUGGUUAACUGAACGAUAUGACGAAGAAAAUAAAUUCACUUUUGAUGAUCCAAUUUUGAGAUCCGAUAUCUUGAGUUGGAUCUUCUUCGCUCAUGGUGGUGUAGGACCUAUGCAAGGUCAAGCUAAUCAUUUCUUCCGAUACGCACCUGAGAAAAUCCCAUACGGAAUCAAGAGGUAUCAAGAAGAGACUGCACGACUUUAUUCAGUCUUGGAAGACCGAUUGAAGGAUCCUGAAAGUAAAGGUUAUCUCGUCGGUGGGAAAUUCACCAUUGCAGAUAUCAACGUUUUUCCUUGGGUACGAUCAUACGCAUGGGCAGGAGUAGAUAUCACCCCUUUCCCAAACGUGAAGAAAUGGAUCGACACCAUCGAAGCUAGACCCGCUGUUUAUAAAGGUUUAGGUGUACCUGCAAGAGGCAAGAAAUUGACCAAAGAAGAAGAAGAAGAGAAAGCAAGAGAAUCCGCAAAGGCUUUCAACUUCGGUAGCAAAUUGGUACCUGGUCGAGAAUCUGAAAAGAAUGGAAAUGGAAAAAGAAAUAUCUGUAUUGAGGGAAGAGAUAAAAACAGUAUGUGA